AUGAAGCAAUUACUUUCCACGUGCGGAGAUUACCAUCUGGUAGGCUUGGAUAAAACUGCCUUCAUCUUUUCGAUAACCUCUAGCAGCACAGCGUGUGAACUUUCAUUACCACCGCCAGCUGACAAACAACAACAAGAAGGAGGAGGGGACCCCAAUCAGAUUAAAUCCGAGGAUCCCGAUGAAGUUCAAUCCGUCGAUCUGCACCAAAGUGCCACCGAUGCAGACGAAUACUGGUGUGCCGUAUCUCGAGGAGAUAAAAGAAUCGCCAUUUAUCAAUGGAACGCGGCCUCUCAAGCCAAAGACAAGAAACUGGAUGCCAAAUUGGUCUAUUCGGCAUCCAAACGAGCUGUCCACAUGUGUUUUGCCACCGUCCCCAGCAGUAGUAAAGCUGAUAGUGGUGAAGGGGGAACACUUUGUCUGGUAGCAGGAGACUUGGCUGGAGAUGCCUAUGCCUACAGUCUCACUACCCAAAAGAGCAAGUUGUUGUUGGGUCACACAGCGUCCAUGUUGACGGGGGUCGCCGUCCAAGGCAAUCGCAUUCUGACGGCGGACCGGGACGAAAAGGUCCGAGUAAGUCGCUUUCCACAAACCUAUCUCAUUGAGGGAUAUCUAUUGGGACACACAAAGUACAUUACUUCGAUUGAUACGCUGGUUUUGGAGAAUAGUAGUAAAUUGCAUUUGGUGGCCACUUGUGGUGCCGAUUCGACCAUUCGAUUGUGGAAUUUGGAGACUCUCGAACAAUUAUCAGAAAUAGAGUGUCCCAAAGAUGAAAAGGACGAUUCAUCAUUGAUACCCAUCAAGAUUGCCUUGCACCCCAAGGGUACCAUGGCUGCUGUCAUUUAUGAUAAAUCGGACCGAUUCGAUGUCUAUUCGAUAGAAUCAUCAUCAUCGGAUGGUGCCAAAACUGCCAACCUGGUUGGGCAUUUGCAUACUACCAAGUGCGCGACUCCGUUACUCUCGGUGCUCUUUAAGGAUGCCGAUACUCUGCUGACACUCCAAAAAGAACCAAAUUAUCUAAUUGCCUUUGAGGUGACCGACAGCUCCCUUACGCUAAUGGAGGAUGCUACCAGUACCAUUUGUCAAAAGGCUUCCGAGUUGAGUAUAACGUUACCGGAAGCCAUUCUGGAGCGAGACAACUGGGGGAAUAUCAAGCUGGAAAAGUUGAACGAGACACGGGGCCCAGCAAGUGAAGAUGCACCAUGGAAUCGAUUUGAACGGGUGGGCAUUGCCAAAGAACGGCAAAAGAGACACAAGAAACGAAAACUAGAAAAGAAGGAUGUCGAAAAGAAAGAAUAA